AUGUUGUUAUUUAGCCAAUGCAAAUCUGUUUUCACCAGUCUCCCUAGAAUAGGCUUUGUAGAGGGCUUUGUUAUAGAAGCAGUAUUAUUGAGGGACUUUCAUUCUUUUCUUCCCUCCUUCCUUCCUUUUUCCCCUCCUUCCUUUCUUUUUUCCUUUCUUGUCCUCCUUUUCUCCUCCUCUCCCUCCCCCUCCUCCUCCUCUCCCUCCCCCUUCUCCUCCUCCUCUUCCUCUUCCUCCUCCUCUUCCUUCUUCUCUUCCUUCUCCUCCUCCUCUUCCUCCUUUUUCUCUUCCUUUUUGUAA